UGAUCUUCCAUGAUAUUGUUGUUGGAGUGAAAGAUUAUUAGGAACUGAUGUUGCAAGAGUGUCAAGAAUCCAGUGAUUGAUGUGGGAGCUCGGAGGAAAUUUUGGUAAGAAUUGCACGUGGCGGUGAUGGUAUUGGCAAAAGAGGAGAACUGAUGUUAAAGAAUGAAGCUAAGAACAUUGUCGUAAUGUUGUUGCCAAACAUGGUGAGGAUGCUGUUUGUGUUCAUUAUAGAAAGGAUAUCGUAAAGUAGUAAAAAAAAAACAGAAUAAGAUUCAUCUUAUACGUUAAAUCUUUAACAUUUUUAGUUUGAAAACGUCUAAAACACACUUAUUGAACCCAAAACCUAACUUAGUUAGCAUACCGAAAAAUUACAAAUCAAUUGAGAAUAUAUGCAAGUUUUAUCGACGAAAUUCUAGUGUAGUAAUACAAUUGUGAUACAUGUUAUUCGAAAGGCAAAAUAGCAUGUCAAAACCUCAUGUUCUAUAACGUUUGUGUAGUAUAAGAAAAUAAUGUGACAUAUACUUUAAUUGUCUCGACUCAGCUAAUCGAGACAAAGUAACGUUGAUGUUAAAUGAGUACGGUUCGGUAUAGUAUGCGCAUUAAUACGGAUAUUAUUAAGUUGCUGGUUUAAUAGAUUCUAGUUUUAUUAUUCGAUUUCGGUUCACCUAAACCGAAUUUGAAACCCAGGAACACACAUAAAUUAAACAAUAAUUCUUUUUGAAGCAUUCUCCUCGCGCCGGUGACGGAACCCUAAGAAGCAGUGCGAAGCAGCGACCAAAUCAAGAAGGAAGCGGAUGUCCAACGGUACAGAACAGGUGAAUCCAUCGCCAGAUAACUCGGCGCAUCAAUCGGAAUCGAAGUCGAGGAAGCGUUCGGCGCCGUUAGACAACUGGUUGCCUGAUGGUUGGAGAGUUGAAGAUAAGGUUCGAACCUCCGGUGCUAAAGCUGGUUCGGUUGAUAAGUACUAUUACGAACCGGUCACAGGGCGUAGGUUUCGGUCCAGGACCGAAGUGCUGUACUACUUGGAACAUGGAACCUCUAAGAAAGGAAGCAAGAAAGCAGAUUUCAAUCCUGACCAUUUGGAAGGCCAGGGAAGAAAUAAAUCUAGCAGAAAAGCUAAAGAGCAGCCGCCACGGCCAUUGAACUUUGAUUUUGAGAAUGCACCGGAGAAGUUAAGCUGGUCUAUGGCGAACUCAGGGGAUGAAGCUUGGUCACCUUUUCUUGGGGAAGACAAGGUUCAAGAUUCAGUGAGAAGAGAUUGGUGCGCUGCCUUUACUGUUGUAACGACCAAAAACCCAAGUAAACUUUCGUUGUAGAGAGGAUAAUGUCUCGGUGGUGAUUUUUAGAUUGUUUCAUGAUUUGUAGCUUUGACGGAGAUGGUAGAGCUAUUUAACUGGCGAUGCUUGCUUAGUAGUAUUCACAUGAUUUAAGUUAGCUGUACUGUAACGUAAACUGAGAUGGUAAUAGUUAUUUAACUGGGCGAUGUUUGCUUUGUAUUCACAUGAUUCAAGUU